AUGCCAUCGUUAUCUUACAGUACAACAACAGAGGAUCGUCUGCCAUAUCCACUACCUACGAACAAUCCAGUAUCAAAUUCAAGAUUCAACAAUUCCUCUGCCAAUUCCACUUUGAAUGCACCGGUCAAUCGCCUACAACGCAAACCCUCGUUUGGGAACCCUCGCCAGAUUGCGCCCCCUCCUCAAAAUGAAUCUCACGAUGCAAUAGGGGAAUCGCGAAGACAGCCGAGGCAACCCCAUUGCCGCUCUAGUAGUACAAGCGGUGUUAAAGAACAAACCGGAAAUUUCAAUCGGUGGAGUCAAUCGACAACUUCAAGUGCCGGAGGACAUAUUCGGAGUCGUUCUAAUUCAAUCUCACGUUUGAGUUUUGGCGGAUCCGGAUUGAAUGGGAAUGGUGUUGGCCAAUCUCCCCCAAGAAAAUUACAAAAGAGUCGACCUUCAAUUGACAACAGCCCUCAGACGAGAAGACCGACAGACCGACCCGCGAACCCCCCUCUACCGUCAUCCCUCCCUCCGAUUAUUACUCUACCAAUUGAUCAGCAAUCCGGAAACCAUUCCCCAUCGCUGUCAAGUGCGUUGACCCCUUCCACGGCUGGAUUGUUAUCGGCUGCUGUUCACCAGACUGUGCCCGAUUACUUUGGAAAAACUUGGGAAGGUUCUAGGCCCAGAGAUAUCUCUCAACGACGAUCGCCCUCAAGGUCAGGAAAUCACAGUAUUAGUCCUUCACCAAUAUCGGCUCUCUCGACUGAAGCAGCAACACGUCGUCCCCCAUCCGAAGAGGAAUCACGAGUGGCGAGGGGCCAUUCAAGGAACCGUUCAAGGGCCGAAAAGAGUAGUAGUUCUUCUCGAGGCUCUAAGCAGCCCUCGCAAAAAGCCAUGUUGUCCAAAGCUUUGCAGAAAGCGAAUACGGCAGUCUUACUUGACAAUGCACAAAACUAUGAAGGCGCCAUGCAGGCGUAUUCUGAGGCGUGCAAUUUGUUACAGCAAGUUAUGGCUCGUAGUUCAGGAGACGAGGAUCGACGCAAGCUGGAAGCAAUUCGUAAUACUUAUACUAGCCGGAUAAAUGAAUUGGCGAAGAUUACUCCCGAGUUAAGUGACGAAAAGGCACUUCCUGCCAGGCCCGAAAGCACAGACUUUAGAUCGGAAUAUAGACCAGACGAGCUUCCAAUGAGUGACGAAGAUGAUGAGCCUGCUUUUAUAGAGACAGCCACAAUUACGAGGAUAGUCAACGAUGCUUCUCACCCAAACGAAUCUCAGCGAGACCGAUCAUAUUCGAGGAACCGUCGAUCGCACUCGCGAGGCGAGUCUUCGACCUUCGAGCCUCCCCAGACACAGACUAGAAACCACCCUGACCAACGAUCCAAUUACUUCUCUAGGUAUAAUCAAUCUCAAGGAAGAAACAUUGAAACGAGCUUAGCCGUACCUAUGGAAAGCCAGUACAUGCCACCUCCUCUGUCUCCAAGGCGACCCGUGUCACCGAUGACAUAUGGGCCAUCGAGCUCCGGCCAUCGAAGACAGAAGUCUUCCGAACCGCCGAGCCCGAAAUCUAACUCUAACUUGUCUGCUCCGUCUCCGUCCAAAGGGCAUACACGAGCACCCAGUAAUGAAUCUAUGUCGUGGUUAGAUACCAUUGAUGAGUCUGGCGGAUCGGCUGCUUCAUCUGUACAUUCUAGAUCUUCGUCACUACAUGUAAGGAGGAAACAUAUUCGUGCUUCUAGCGGUCAAACCGAAGCAGAAUUCGAUGCAGCACUGGAUGCUGCCGUUGAAGCGGCUUAUGACGAUGGCUUCGAGCCUGUAAAUUAUGAUGACGAUGAUGACGAUGAAGAACUUGUAGCAAGUGUCAGGAGAAAGAUUGAGUUGGCAAAAGAAAGAGUGCGCCAAAACGAACGAGAAGCUGCUAUAGAGGAUGCACAUGAAAGGGAACGAAAACGAAUGUUUCAACAAAUACAAGAGCCACAUAUUGGUCCCCUUGAUGACUAUGAAGGAAAUGAGUCAGAAGAGGAAGAGAGGAUGCUUGAAGAAAUGACAAGAGGUUACGUGAUGGAUGACUUUGAAUUCGGUCUACAGUCUAAGUCGGCACUACCUAGGGAAUCUGAUUCCAGUGGGUCGUUUUCGGGUCGGACUUGGCAUAGCUCCAGUGGUUCCAUACCCCCGCUCAGCAAUAUCACCGCAGCACCGACGAUAUCACCAGUUGUUUUAUCGCAGUCUCAAAUUCAACCACCUCACCCGCCGCCUUCUCAAGCAUUGCCUGCACCACCAACCCUUGACGGUAGCCCGGUAAGAAAAAGUAGUCCAGCGCAGAGUGUUCAAAGCAGAAGGCUAUCUGGUCAGAACGCCAAACAAUUAAAAAUCGAGACAUCAUCAAGGUUGAUUGAAGUUCAAAAUGCUCCCUUGACUCUGCCUCCAUCAAUACCGCCACCACAAAUUCCUGAUGGCUUUGCAGGUCCUAAGACUGCCGGUUUACUACAACACGGGCUAGGUUCGAUCAGCCUUCGAGCAGCUAUUCCCACACGACAAGGUUCAAUCUCAGGACCGAGCUCUUCAGAUUAUACUUUUCCUCCGACAGCAUUCCUUACCCAGACACUCACAAAUGAUAGCAACGACAACUUCAACUCUAUACCUCGAUCAGGAUCACCAAACCGUUCCCACUCGAGAGCAGGACUGCGAAAGAAUUUUUCCUCGUCAAGUUUGAAGAAUGUCCGAAGUCAUACUAUGUCGAUUUCCAAUAUGGACGAAUUUGGUGAUGUCAUGCCACCUACGCCAAUGACUGGACAAGGUAAUCAUAUCAAUGGAAGAAUGCCUGCCAUGCCCACUCUCCCAACACCGAUUGCUGCCGCGUUUAAAGAGAAGAUGAACGGUGCACCUACUGGAGGCCUUUAUCUUUUCAACAAUGAUCUUCACUCUCCAGAAAGCCCGGGUUCGCCAAAUCCAAUGAGUGCAGGUGCACCAAUUCCAUUAGAGCCUUGUCCAACGGAAUAUCUCCUUCGUCCAUUCUGGCUUAUGCGGGCUUUGUAUCAAACUAUUGCACAUCCGAGGGGUGGCUAUCUAUCCACUAAAUUGUUCAUACCUCGAGAUGUAUGGCGUGUGAAGGGUGUUAAGAUUAAGGGAGUCGAAGACAAAAUCGCUAGUUGUGACUUCCUUACAGCAGCUUUGAUGAAGCUAGGUCAAGUUGAUACUUGCGAUGCUGAUGCUGUUUUGGAAGAAAUGCAAGCUUUGGAAGGGAUUCUGGAACAGGUCCAAAUCACACUCAGUAAAAAGCUGGGCAAUGAAGUUGGCGUACAUGGCUCGAAUGGGAUGUUCAAGGACGCAACAACUAUGGGUGAUCCCAUGGACUUUGCUAGUACGAGUACUAAAUCUGGAAAUACAUCUAGCAAGACCUCUUCGUUCUCAUGGAGACGCCUACGUUCGAAGAAUUCCGCCAUGGGUCUCGCCAACAAUUACUCAAAUAAGGUCACGUCUCCUGAGAUACCCAAGGAAGGGCUAACCAUGGGUACAUUACCUAUGACGUCUGCCCCUAGAUCUCGAUUUGCCAAGAGAGAUGUUAGUCAAGUGCAAUUUUCUGGACCGAAUGCAAAUUAUAUGAGUGCUUUGGCGAAGCUAUUUGACGCUGCACAAGCUAUUGAUCAAAUUGCACGUCAAGUUGAAGAUCCUGGUCUUCGCCAUGCAGAUAAAACUCAAGUUGGGCUCGAACUUUGCACUCGUCACGCAGCCGAGUUCUUCGGAUUUUACAUCUGUCGUUUUGUGUUGAAUGAUAUCUCAUUGCUUUUGGACAAGUUUAUCAAAAGAGGAAGUGAAUGGGUUCUAGUAUAA